AUGGAAACGAUAGACGAAUUGAAACGUCAACGAACGACGCUCAAGGCUCGCGCUACCAGGUUCAAAACCUUCUUAGAAAAUUACCAAGAUAGCUUUGAAAAUCGCUUAAUAUUAGAAGUAAGGUUAGAAAAAUAUAACGACUUGUGGCAUGAGUAUCACGUAUUACAAACAAAGAUCGACGCGAUUCUUCCCGACUCUGACGUCACGGAUCGCGAGAUAUUUGAGGAAGCAUUUUUUACAGUGCAAGCUGCGGCGCGAUCGAAACUCGUACAACACAAUGUUAACAGAGUAGAGUCUCGUUCCGUCCAUCAAGCAGAACAACAUGUUCAAGAUGCGCCAAACGCGAUAAAUAAUAAAACGGUGCGAUUGCCUGUAAUAACUCUGCCGAAUUUCAGCGGAAGUUAUGAACAGUGGCAACAAUUUAAUGACACUUUCAGAGCAUUGGUUCAUGACAAUCCUAACCUCACCGCGGUUCAGAAGUUUUACUAUUUGAAAUCUGCUCUGUCAGGUUCCGCAUCUCAAGUAAUAGAGUCAUUGCAAACAACUAAUGAGAAUUAUGAUAUAGCAUUAGAGUUAUUAACUAACAGAUUCUCUAAUCUGCGUUUGACUAUACAUCAUCAUAUUCACGAGUUAUUUAGUACACCUCCAAUACCGAAAGAAUCUGCAGAGUUAUUGCGAGCGUUGCUGGACAAUUUUCAGAAACACUUGCGAGUGUUGCAACAAUUGAAAGAACCUGUAGAUAACAAGUUGGACUCAGUGACAAGGAAAGAGUGGGAAUUGAAGGUCGUUCAGGACAAGCUGUCGACUACUACACAAUUGAUUGAAUUCAUUAAUACACGAUGCGAAUACCUUGAAGCUCUUCGCCCUGCGCAGGUAACGAACAAUCUUGUAAAGGCGGCGACACAGAAAACAAACGUAAACAAAGGUAAAAAUGCGACUGUAGCAUGUAUAGCUACGAACGAAACAGGUUCAAAUCACUUAUCACAAAAAUGCACGUCACGAAAUUGCAAACAUUGUUCAAAGAGACACCACUCUCUGCUUCAUUUGAACGAGCGAUCUAGCGAUGAUACUCAGAACGCAGUAUUGUCUAACAAUGCAUCCGCAAGUUCAAUUGAUUCCAAUGUGAAGACUCAGGCAUGCGAGACGCCGGCUACGACGUCGGUCUCCAUGAAGACGGUCGGAUCUAACAAACUUAAACCAGAAGUUCUGUUGUCAACAGCUGUUCUGUAUAUCCGCGAUGAUGCCGGUAAUUUUCAUAAAGUGCGUGCAUUGUUGGAUAAUGGCUCGCAGUCGAAUUUUAUCGCUAAAACAACAUGUCAGAAAUUAGGUCUUAAGACAAGUAUAACGAAGCAUUUAAUUUCAUGUCUAAAUGUGACGGAAACGCAAAUCACGGAAACAGUACGGACUACAAUAGUCUCUUCUAACACGACUUACGAGACGGACGUUAACCUAUUUGUUGUUGAUCAAAUCACACGUCCUAUCCCUACCAAACCCAUUAACAUGAGCUCCGUUAGUGUGCCGCCGCACAUUGAAUUGGCAGAUCCAACAUUUCACACGCCGCAGGCCGUGGAUUUGCUACUGGGAGCAACAAUAUUCUGGGACAUUUUGGAAACGGACAGAAUUCAAUUAGGAGCUAAGCAACCAAUGUUACAAUCCACAAAACUGGGUUGGUUGUUGUGUGGACAGAUCGGACCGCCAAUCAAUGCAUCGUCACACAAUAACGUUUCUAUAUGUGGAUUUGUACAAAGCGAGGAACUGCAGGCACAAAUCGAAAGAUUUUGGCGCAUCGAGGAUAUGUCUAAUACAAGACUCUUAUCCAAGGAAGAAUCUAUGUGCGAAGAUAUUUUCCAGAAAGAAUAUCGCCGAACUCAAGACGGGCGAUUCGAAGUUCCACUGCUAUUUCGUGAGGACCCUAUAAGCACAUUGGGCGAUUCCCGAGCGAAUGCGUUACGACGAUUACGCAGCAUGGAACAUAAAUUCCUAAGGGAUCACCAACUGCAAACGCGAUAUGGCAAGUUCAUGGAUGACUACAUCGAUCUUGGUCAUAUGUCUGCUUUGUCAGUUACUGACACACACAACCAGAAGAUUAACUAUUUGCCUCACCAUGCGGUGACAAAAGAGUCUUCAAUCUCAACGAAACUUAGAGUUGUUUUUGACGCCUCUAAUCCAACGACGUCUGGCAAAUCACUCAAUGAUUGUCUGCUAGUGGGACCGACAAUACAGUCGGAACUAUUCGAAAUCAUCAUACGCUUUCGAGAACAUCCUUAUGUCUUGGUGGGUGACAUCGUCAAGAUGUACAGACAAAUCAAGAUAAAGCCAGAUCAUCGAGUGCAUCAGUGCAUACUGUGGAGAUCCAAUCCAGAGGAUCCACCCACAACAUACAGUUUAAAUACUGUUACAUAUGGAGUGGCUUCAUCACCGUUUUUAGCCAUAAGAUCAUUACAACAGUUAUCGGUAGAUCAUGAGAAAACACAUCCCCGUGCAGCAGCCGUCAUUGCCCGCGACUUCUACGUCGAUGAUAUGAUUACGGGAGCGGCCUCGGUACAACAACUGCACAAACUUAAAGCUCAGGUUACCGACAUAUUGAAGACCGCAGGAUUCGAGUUGUCCAAAUUUCGUUCAAACGUCUCACUCGAUCAGGAUGAGUGCCUAGACCACUACGAAAUAACGGAUGCAAAGGUCUUAGGAUUACUAUGGCAGUCAACGACGGAUCUGCUACGGUACGAAGUAACUUGUAUCGCUAUGCCAGAAAUCAUCACCAAACGGAUCACGUUGUCGCUGAUCACGCAAAUAUUCGACCCGUUAGGUCUAAUUGGCCCAACUACUAUUAAAGCGAAAAUUCUAAUGCAGUCGCUUUGGCAAUUGAAAAUAGACUGGGAUACACCUAUACCAGAGACGCUUCGGAUCCUAUGGUUGUCAUAUUUUCAGCAACUACCAAUUAUCAACCAAAUCGCGAUUCCGCGGCACGCUAUUUUACACAGCCCAAAGGACAUCCAACUUCACGGAUUCUGUGACGCCUCCCAGAGCGCUUAUGGCGCAUGCGUCUAUCUCCGAUCCAUAGACAACAUGGGAACGAUUUACAUACAACUCUUGGCAGCGAAGUCACGUGUAGCUCCCUUGAAGACCAUUACACUUCCGCGACUUGAGCUAUGCGGAGCUGUACUUCUUUCCAAUCUCGUUCAUAGAAUAUCUCAAGCGCUUACAUGCACAGUCUCCAAGCAUUAUCUGUGGACAGAUUCUGAAAUUGUAUUGGCGUGGAUUCAAGGACAGCCCUCACAAUGGCAAAUCUUCGUUGGCAAUAGAAUUACGGAAAUUCAACGAUUGACAAACCAAUCAGAUUGGGCUCAUGUACGAUCAGAGCACAACCCUGCUGAUCUGAUCUCGCGAGGACUAAUGCCCGAACAGCUUCCUGACGCUACGAUGUGGUGGGUAGGACCGCCUUGGUUGAAGACUGAUCCUCCGCUAUGGCCGACGUCUUCAACGCAAUUCUUGACAGACAUACCUGAGGCACGUACUCAGUCGUUUACAGUACUUCACAAAGAAGAUUCAUUUGACAUCAUGCAUCGAUACUCAUCGUUGACCAAGCUCAAGAGAGUAAUCGCAACUUGUAUAAGGUUCAAAACGAAUUGUAUGUUGUCCAAAUCGGCCUCUCAGCGAUUCUCUGGGCCACUCACGGCUGACGAACUACAGAAGACCAUGACUAUACUCAUAAAACGUUAUCAGCAAGAAGUUUUCGCUUGUGAACUACAUCACUUACGAAAAAACAAUACGGUAGAUUCACACAGUCGAAUCCUUUCACUCAACCCUAUACUCGAUCAGGAGGGAGUACUCCGCGUCGGUGGCCGGCUUAGAAAUGCUCCAUGUUCCUACACACAAAAACAUCCGAUUCUCUUACCUUCUAAGGGUGUUCUGACAGACUUAAUUAUACGAGACUUACAUUUAAAGCACUUUCAUAUGGGACCACAAUUGUUAUCGACCGCUAUCCGCGAGACCUACUGGAUAGUGCACGCGAAAAAUGCGAUCAAGCGAAUACUCAAAACAUGCGUUUUGUGUUUCCGAUCACGACCACGUAGCUCAAUACAAUUGAUGGGUGAUCUGCCUGCGUCCAGAGUUACUCCAUCACGAGCCUUUCGUCACACCGGUGUCGACUAUGCCGGACCUUUCAAUAUCAAACUCUCGAGAAAUAAAUCGGGUAAAGCUUACCUGUGUCUUUUUGUUUGCAUGGCCACUAAGGCGGUACAUCUCGAGCUAGUCUCUGACCUCACUACGGAAACGUUUUUAAAUGCGCUCAAAAGAUUUAUUUCUCGACGAGGCCCAUGCGAGUCCAUUCUAUCUGAUAAUGGAAAGAAUUUUGUGGGUGCAAGCAACCUGCUGCGACAAUUUGGUGAAUUCAUAUCACACCCUGAACAUCAAGCAAAAAUCACUGAUUUUGCGUCAAAUCAAGGAAUAUCAUGGAAAUUUCUUCCACCUCACUCCCCUCAUAUGGGAGGACUAUGGGAAGCAAACGUGAAAGCGGUAAAGACUCAUCUUAGAAUAGUCAUUAGCAACACGUUGUUGUCAUUUGAGGAACUUUAUACGGUAAUUGUUCAAAUUGAAGCCAUUCUUAAUUCACGGCCUUUAUGUCCAUUAAAUAAUUCUCCGGACGAACUAGACGUUCUGACACCCGGACAUUUUUUGAUCGGAACAUCAUUACUGUCAUUGCCGGAACCAUCCGUGACGGACGUUCCAGUAAACCGCGUUAAUCGUUAUCAAUUGUUGACUCAGAUGCAGCAAUCAUUCUGGAAGCGCUGGUCUCGAGAAUAUGUUACUCAAAUGCAACAAAGAAACAAAUGGAAAACUACUGCAUGCAAUAACGAGAUUCAAGUAGGCAAACUAGCAUUGAUUCGCGACGAGAAUCUGCCUCCUCUGAAAUGGCGCACGGGCAGAAUUAACGAGGUUCAUCCGGGCCCUGAUGGUCUAAUAAGAGUAGUUUCUUUGAAAACUACAACAGGAGUUAUCCAACGUUCACUGCCGAAAAUCUGUGUGUUACCAAUUGAUUAA